CUGGUACCUCCUGGCUGUCCUGAGGGUCUGCCUUGCUGGUUUUGACGCCCCGGCCGGCAACGAUCUCCUCGCCUCCCUUUUUGGGCCACCCUGUGACUGCCGUGGAGGGUAUACACGGGCCAUGUUUUUCUCUGCGGAGGGAAUAUGGCAUUCCCAGCGUUGCCCGUAAAUUGGACUGGUUAUUGCUCCAUUGCCUCCGUUCUACCUGAGAUGGAUAUUGUUCCAGGGAAUGAGCCUGUUCCGGUUCCCAGCCUCGACUUUAUGGCUGGAAGACAUAAAAGGGCCAUAUUUGCUAUUCCCUUGCUUGUUGGCUUGGGCAUUACGGGAGCCCUUGCGACAGGGUCUGGGGGCUUGGGAGUCGCCAUACACUCCUAUAAUAAACUCUCUGCACAGCUCAUUGAUGAUAUCCAAACCUUAUCAGGAACUAUUAGUGAUCUCCAGGACCAGAUCAACUCUCUAGCCGAGGUGGUCUUGCAGAACAGAAGGGGGUUGGAUCUCUUGACAGCCGAACAAGGGGGUAUAUGCUUGGCCUUACAGGAGAAAUGUUGCUUCUAUGCUAAUAAGUCCGGUGUAGUCCGGGACAAGAUAAAGAAAUUACAGGAUGAUCUGGUCAAGCGUCGGAGAGAACUGUUUGAAAAUCCUUUUUUAAGUAAUCUUCAUGGCUUUCUUCCUUAUAUUUUACCUCUUGUAGGGCCUAUAUUUGUGUUUUUAUUAGCUCUAACCUUCGGUCCUUGGGUGUUCCAGAAGAUCACCUCCUAUGUCAAACAACAGCUGGACAAGGCCUUGUCCAAACCUAUUCAGGUCCAUUAUUGUCGGCUGGAUACUGGCGACCCUGAUCUUUAUACUGACAUUGGCCGGUCCCAAGGAUUAGUCUGAGCACUGGUUUGGUUAGCCAAUGACGGGUAAGAUCCCCCUGAGGGGAGUCUGACCUAAGCCAGGGGCGUUGCCUUGCAUAUUGCCCCCAUGACGGGCAACAGUCUCCCACUCCUCGGGACAACCUAAGACAGGCACAAACCCCUCUGCUAAACCUUCCCUCUUAAGGAAAGAAAAGGGGGACAUGUAAGGGACCACAGGCCCAGUAUGACCUCUGGAAAAUUACUAGGUUGCAGUU